UGCAACAAUAAUUUAGGAAAAUAGGAGACAACUAGAUAAUUUUUAGGCUUUUAGUGCACUGCUAUGAGUGAUUCGGCUGCUCGGGGACGCGGACAUUUAGCUUUAAGUCGCCACAAACUCGGAUCAUGGAACACACUUCUUGAAUUUUUGCCAAAGGACCCCAAUAAGAAUGACGAUGAAAGUGCCGUCACCGUCGCCCUCGAGCCAAAGGACAAAGAUGCGCACGCCAACACUUUCGUUAGUCGUCUGGACGAGCAUUUGAUGGGAUUGUAUGGGCUCUUUCCGGAAACAGACAAAUUCUCGGCCGUCGUUUGCGAUUGUGGGUCCAUCGUAAAGCCGCAAGGAUUCAAAAAUCACCUCGCUCGGAAUCACUCGUCAUCCACAAAUGGAGGAUUGAGGGCUUCAAAAUCCGAUUCCUUGUACUUUUCCAAUUACGCGACGACCAGUUCCAGCAGUAAUAAUGGGAGUUCUUUGCGUAGUCGCGACAAAGACAACAAUUACAGCAGUUCCAACUCCCCGGCAAGCAGUACCAGCUCAACUCCCGUCAAAAAUCCGGAAGAUUUUUCCGGCAUCCUACCAAAUUCCUCAAAUGUUGUCGUGAAGCACAAACAUAAACACAAGAGUGAGAGCAGCAAAUCCAGCAGCAGUAGCAGCAAGUACAAGUCGAAGUCCGGCUCAAUUUCGCAUCAUUCGAGCGACUCGCAGCCCGGCACGGACAAGCAAGUUCCCGAAUUUAUCGUGAAUGCGACGUCAACUUCGCUGGAUUCCAGCACGUAUACUUUUUCUGCCAGCAAAACGACUGGAAGUGGCGCCACAACUGUUACCUCGUCAUCGUCGUCAUCGAGCAAGUCGUCAAAGGGUCGACAUCGCCAUAGCAAGCACAGCAAAAAAGCCGCAGAUAUCUACGAUCCGGACAAGCAUUGUGGCGUUUUGAGUCAUGCGUCGUCGGAAGAAGGCGGAAAACCCUGCGUUCGAUCGUUUUCCUGCAAAAUUCAUUCGGUACAGCAACGACGCGAAGUUCUCGGGCGUUCCAGAUCCUUCGAUGCGCUGUUACUGGAAAUGGGUCGCGAGCCACCACCGGAAAUUAUCUCGAUCGAUAUCGAAAGUAACAGCAGUUCGUGUUCGAGCGUCAUGGAAAAGCAGUCGGAAACGAGCGAGGCACUGCGAAUUAAGGAGCAAAUCGAGUUACCGACAAUAGUUUUGCGCAAAUUGGAACAUGAUGUCGUGCAAGGGAUCGAUAAUCGGGCGAUUGCUGAACUUUUGGAGAAAAACGCGAUUGUGGUGAAGAAAGAGGAGCCCAUGGAGCUGCAAGUUAUGGAGCCAAAUGCACAAAUGGAUGUCCAAAAUGCCGAUCAAAUGCCACCUCAGGAGCUUUUCGAGCUAAUUUCGCAAGUUGAGGACGCUGCAGAGAACGAACAGAACAUCCUCACGAUGGAACAAUUGACGAAUCUCGUGGAAGAAACAAAUAAAAACGACAUGUUCCAAAUGGGCACGACAGAAUUGCAUUGUCGCACCAUCGCAUUUCCCCUUUCGGUCUUCUACUUGAUGAAAAAUAACGUGCCAACGAGCACUUUUGUGCAGCAGCCACUCCUCGAACAACCGGGUCGCACCGAAAUGAAGUUCGACAACUCGACAUUCCAAACACUCGAUUCAUCCGAACAACUUGGACAGUAUUACGAUCCCACAAACAAUCAAAUUCGCUUCGAUCUCGGCACCUCCAACGACGCCAACACCGCGAAUUUGCAAAAUUUCUCGGCGGCAAUGACGACAAAGCCGAGUCACGAUUUGCUCUCUAACAUUUUGACGUUGCAGGAAUUGGUGCCGCUCGUUCCCGACAACUACUGUGAUGUCUACGCCAAAGUCUGUGAUCAAAAUCUCCUCUCCGACUGCUCGUCAUUGUUUCCGAUGCUCACCACGGUGCACGAUGCCGAUCACGUGAGCGACAAACAGCAGUUUGAGACGGAUUAUCGCGCGAUCAAGUCCUGCUUGUAUCCGAAUUUGCCAAAACCGUCUGCCGUUAAUACGUUUGGACUGAAACGCAUGGGCGGCGGAUCGACGAUAUCGCGCAAGGCACUGUACUUGAGGAAGACACUGCUCGUCGAUAGUGAUAAGAAAUUUAAAUUAAAGACUGAGGGAACUAACUACGCCACUGCAAACGUACAAUCACCACAUGGAAUGCUUCUAACCUCAUCUGCCGCCGUCAACAAAGGUCGUAAACGCUCAUUUUUGGCAAGCACAGCGGUAGCUAAGCAAAAAGCCUCCGAUCUCCUGGCAGGUCACCGUUUACAAAACUCAUUCACGAACGACACGAACAAAAUGGACAUUGACUCCAAUUUGGAUGAAAUUCUUCAGCCUGCUUCCAAACGGCAGCUCUUUGUCUCGCGUUACUAGAUUUUAACAAUUUUAUUUAUUUUUUUUAUUAUUUUAAAACUAUCAAAACUACAGGAAUUCAAAAAGUAUUUACUUACUUACUCUUCGGACUCUAUUCUUCUGCAAAAAAAAACUUACAAUGUUCAAUGUUAGAAAGUUUUCAAAAAAAAAAAAAGCCUUGACUUAAAUGUCCAAAAAAAAAUUAUUCAGAAAUUUAAAGAGUGGUAAAUGUUUGAAAUUGUAUAAAACAUAAUCUCAUGAAUUACUCAAAAAAAAAAACUAUUUUAAAGUGAAUAUUUAGAAAUCUUCUUGUAAUCCUGCUUUUAUUCUCAUGAAAU